UCCCCUUCCUUUCUUUCUCUUAACUUUCCCUCUCCCACUCCCACUCUCUCACACAUCUGGAGGGUAUCUGGUGUGGCUUGUGUGUCUCCUCGCCUGCUAUGGGACAGCCUGUGUUGGGACUGGACGCCAGACUUGAGUGCGUUUCAGCAAACGUUGGUCGGAAGAGCCCUUGCAGUUGGUGAGGACUGAAGCUUCAGACACAGCAGAGAGAGGGGACAGAGAGCCGGCUGUUGGCCCGGAGAGCUCAGCAGUGGACAUGGCCUUUCCCAAGCAUUCCAUCCUGCAGGGCCUGAGUGUGCUGCUCUUGGCCUGGGUAUUGGUGCAUUGCCAGGCCCCUCUUAAAGCAGAGGAAGAGGAGGAGGAAGAGACAAACAUCGCAACGGCGGGACCGAAAUCCGAGCUAAUCGAAUGUCCGGCAGAGUGCAGCUGUACGGCAGAGGGGGCAGUGGACUGCGCCGGAGUUGACCUCACAGAGUUCCCCGCUGAGCUGUCUGACAAAACCCGCCAGCUCUCUCUACAGAACAACAAAAUCGAGGAGAUAACAGUGAAGCACAUUUCCCAUCUGCAUCAGCUCGAGACUCUCAACCUGCAGAACAACUGGCUUACCACGGAUGGCCUUGAAGAUGAAGGUUUUGAGAUGCUUGAACAGCUGGCUUAUUUAUACUUGGCAAAUAACAAGCUCACCUCAGCACCAAGAGUCUUACCGCCCUCUCUGGUCAGUGCAGAUUUUGCUGCUAAUCAACUUACAAGGAUCUACCCAUAUACGUUUGGCCAUAAACCAAAACUGAAAUCUGUGUAUCUCCAUAACAACAAGCUGACUGACGCAGGGCUUCCUGAUCACAUGUUCAAUGGUUCUGACAACCUGGAUAUCAUCACCAUGUCUAGCAACUUCCUGCGGGUUGUCCCGAAGAAUCUGCCCCCCACCCUUUACCGUCUUCAUCUUAAGAGUAACAAGCUGGAGAAAAUCCCAGCAGGGGCCUUUGACAAUUUGCGCAACCUCAGAGAACUGUAUCUCCAAAACAACCUCCUCAGCAAUGAGGGCAUGGACAACGAGACAUUCAGCCAACUAAGCAGCCUGGAGUUUCUGGACUUGUCAAAUAACAACCUGAGCGUGGUCCCCAAAGGUUUGCCUCGCAAUCUAGUGCUGCUACAUCUUGAGAAGAACUCCAUCCGCAGCAUCCCUGGAGAUGCUCUCACUUCUGUCCGAAACCUUGAGUACCUGCUACUCCACAAUAACAAGCUCCGCUCACGUUCCAUCCACCCGGCUGCCUUCCAGGGCUUGAAGAAGCUGCACACUCUCCACAUGUACAACAACUUGCUGGAGCGGGUUCCCAGGGGGCUGCCUCGCCGGGCCAAGACACUGAUGAUACUCCACAACUUAAUUGCUGAAAUUGGUCGCAAUGACUUGGCCCUGCUGUACACCCUGACUGAGCUCAACCUCAGCUACAACAAGCUGACCAGCCCCAGGCUGCACCGCGAGGCCUUCAGGAAGCUGCGUCUGCUGGAGACCCUGGAUCUGUCAGGGAACAGCCUUCACUCAAUGCCCCUAGGUCUUCCCCGCAGUCUGCAGGUGCUCGAAAUCAAGAACAACCAGCUAAACUCCAUACCGGACGGUGCACUGACGGGCAUGGAGAAGCUACGGAAGCUCAUCCUGAGCAACAACCAACUGAAACUAAAUUCAGUGUACCAGGGAGCCUGGAUGGAGCUCAGUGCACUCACGACUCUAGACCUGUCUGGCAACCAGCUGUCACACAUCCCCUCUGACCUGCCUGAGUCGCUGGAAUACCUUUACCUGCAAAGUAACCGCAUCUCCAGCAUUCCUGCCUCUGCAUUCGAAGGCACUCCAAACAUCAAAGGCAUCUUUCUUCGGUUCAACCGCCUGUCUGUGGACUCCGUGGAAGAGAGCUCCUUUGCUCACCUGUCCAACUUGCAAGUGCUGGACAUCAGCACAGGAAACGUCGACCUCCCAUUUAAAAAAGAGGAGGUGGAAGGUGAUAAAAUGAUGGAGGAGGAGCAGGAAACAUAAGACAGGAUCAACUAAACUGACAUUGGACUGCAAUGUGUCAAGGACAGAAAAGGCUUUGCGAACGGGAAUGAACCUGUGAAUGUCAGUUUUCAGGUCCAUUAUUGUGUUGGGCUCAGUUACAUAUUUCUGGUGCAGGAUACCGGAUGUUACUUUAGUUUCCAUUUUUUGGGCUGGUUAGUGUUACAUAUCUUUAUAUCUGAGCUAAUAUUUGUUUUUGACUGUUGACAUGCAACAUCUAUCAUCUAAUUGUGUUUUUGUGCUUUAUUAUUAAAAAUGAACAAGAGGUCAAUGUGAAAUUUUCCCAUGUAAAUGUCAGAGAACCAGUACCAAAGAUAUAAGCAGAGUGAAAAAGGUCA